AAGAUAGCCGUAGUGGGCAAGUCAUUCCCCUUUCCAACACCUGUCUUUCAAUUUCAACCAUAUUCCUUUCUUCCUUCGUUCACCGGUAACCAAACCCAACCCCCCCUCUCUCUUUUCUUUCAACUUGUAACUCACGCCACUCCAACUCCUGGUCGCCAUGAAUUCAAACCCUAACAGUGGCGAUCAUCAGAACUCAGGUUCCGAUGUUGAGAUUACCUCUGCAGACGAACCACAACAUCAUUCCGGCCUAUCUUCAGAGUCUGUUGAUAUAAGUUUACAAAAUGAGAAGCCUGAGAGAAAUAAAGAGUACAAAAUCCAUGGCUUACUGGGAGCUAAGUUUUUUGACACGAAAGUUCCCGCCAGAAAGAAGCUUAAGUGGUUGAAUCGGCUAGCUAGUGUUCAAACUGACGGUACAGUGCAAUUUGAAAUUCCCGAUGAAGUUAAGCCACAAAACUUGGAUUUUGGUACUAAAGUUGAUACCCCUGGAGCUAGCGAAGACCAUGAUUUUGAUGCAACAACUAUUCCAGAUUUCCCACCGUUACAAAUUGUUAUGCUUAUAGUUGGAACACGAGGAGAUGUGCAACCAUUUGUUGCCAUCGGAAAACGUUUACAGGAGUAUGGUCAUAGGGUGAGAUUAGCAACUCACUCGAAUUUCGAAGAGUUUGUCAAGGCUUCUGGGCUGGAGUUUUUCGCUCUAGGCGGUGAUCCUAAAGUCCUUGCUGGCUACAUGGUGAAGAACAAAGGGUUUUUGCCAUCAGAACCUUCAGAAAUACAUAUUCAGCGAAGUCAAAUAAAGGAUAUUGUAUUUUCUUUGCUUCCUGCUUGCACUAAUGCUGAUCCGGAUACAGAUGUCCCGUUCAAUGUAGAUGCUAUAAUUGCUAACCCACCUGCAUAUGGUCAUACUCAUGUUGCAGAGGCACUUAAAGUUCCACUACACAUCUUUUUUACUAUGCCAUGGACGCCUACAAGUGAAUUCCCGCAUCCUCUUUCACGGGUUAGGCAACCUGUUGCAAAUAGACUGUCGUAUCAGAUAGUUGAUGCAUUAAUUUGGAUGGGGAUGCGAGAUAUAAUUAACGAGUUUAGAAAGAAAAAGCUGAAGCUAAGACCCGUGACAUAUUUAAGUAAUCCAAAUAAUUCUCCCCAUGAUUUGCCGCAUGGAUAUAUUUGGAGUCCACAUCUUGUCCCCAAACCAAAAGAUUGGGGUCCGCAAAUUGAUGUGGUAGGUUUCUGUUUCUUAGACCUUGCAUCAAGUUAUGUACCUCCAGAUUCACUAGUGGAAUGGCUUCAAAAGGGUGAAAAGCCCAUCUACAUUGGAUUUGGUAGCCUUCCUGUUCAAGACCCAAACGGAAUGACAGAGAUAAUAGUUAAAGCCUUGGAAAGUACUAAACAGCGAGGUAUCAUUAACAAAGGCUGGGGUGGCUUGGGAAACCUGGCAAAGUCGAAAGAUUUUGUCUACUUGCUGGAUAAUGUUCCACAUGAUUGGCUAUUUCUGCAGUGCUCUGCUGUGGUUCAUCAUGGUGGUGCUGGAACAACUGCCGCUGGUCUUAAAGCUGCGUGUCCGACGACUGUUGUUCCUUUCUUUGGGGACCAACCAUUUUGGGGGAGGCAGGUGCAUGCUAGGGGAGUGGGCCCCCCUCCGAUUCCGGUUGAGGAGUUCUCACUAAAGAAAUUGAUUUCUGCAAUACACUUCAUGUUACAACCAGAAGUGAAAAUAAGUGCCACCGAAUUGGCAAAUGCCAUGGCUGAUGAAGACGGCGUUAAAGGCGCAGUGGAUGCCUUCCAUAAGCAUUUUGGUCGCUGGAAAGCCAAAACCGAGGCUGCUAAGCUGGCUCGGCCACCCACCCACUUUUCAAUGAGACGGUGUCUGGGCUGCACUUGAUAUUCAGGUCUCAUUCCUUAUGUGAAAAGUGUUUAUACCAAACUUUACUAACAUGUAAAUUUUCUUCCUCUUUUUAUGUCAAGUGUUUCUUGUUUUUCGACACGCUUGUUAAAAGAGUUAAAGAGACGGAUUUGUCCUUUUUUUGUAACAUUUUGUUCGUUUCGGGAAUUAAACAUACUUGAAGAGAAAUUGAUGUACUCUCAGUCAAAGAUCAGAAUUUCAAAAUGUUAUGAAACAUAUGGUGUGUUUGGUUCGCAUGAUUGAAUGAACUUAGAACUGAAUUUCAGUUCUUAACGUG